ACCGACAAAAAAAAAAAAAAAAAAAAACCAAAAAAAAAAAAAAAAAAAAAAUCCAAUUCACCGUUUGCCAGCCAUGGCCGCCAUGAUCAUGGCCUCCUCGAAACCUCUCAUCCCAUUGUCUUCCGCUAUCCCUACCACUACCAGACCCAAAAUCCAAAUCCCUCAACUCUCACUUCCAGUCAAACUCCCCAAAGUCACCAAAACGCAACUCGCUUCCCUCUCAUCUUCCACUCUCAAAUCCCUCUCCCUCCUUGCAGCCACCUCCUUCACCUUCGCACCACCCUCUCUCGCUGAAGAAAUCGAAAAGGCUGCUCUUUUCGACUUCAAUUUGACUCUCCCGAUCAUGAUGGUUCAGUUCUUGCUUCUCAUGGUGGGUCUAGACAAGAUCUACUUCAGUCCUCUCGGUAAAUUCAUGGACGAGAGAGACGCCGCGAUCAAGGAGAAACUUAACAGUGUUAAGGACACUUCGGAGGAGGUAAAGCAGCUGGAGGAGCAGGCCGCGGCGGUUAUGCGGGCUGCCAGGGCAGAGAUAUCGGCGGCACUUAAUAAGAUGAAGAAGGAGACUCAAGCUGAAUUGGAGCAGAAGCUAGCUGAAGAAAAGAAGAAAAUAGAGGCAGAGUUGCAAGAAGCAUUGGGCAAUUUGGAGAAGCAGAAGGAGGAAACUAUCAAGUCCCUCGACUCCCAAAUUGCUGCUCUCAGUGAUGAAAUUGUGAAGAAGGUCCUUCCUGUAUAAUAAAUCAAUCUUUUUUCUUCUCUCUUAAAGUUUUAACUAUUGAUGUUUAUAUGUGUUUUACAAUCCAUUGAUGGGUAAUGUAAUAAUUCUAUCCAAAGAAAGAAUUCGAUUUCUACGGUUUC